AUGGCCUCACCGUGGCCACUAAAGGAUGAAUUCAUAAGUAAUAGCGACCGCGACCGCGAUAAAGCACCCUGGCAUCGUCUCGAGAAUCUCCCGGCACCAUUUGCGGAACAAUAUGCCAGACUCAGUCAGCCUUGGCUUCCCGGCUUCUGGAUUCGGUUCCCCUAUCGCGGCCUUGGCAUGUGGCUCUUGGCGUUGCUGGGAACUAUCGCGGCUGUUAUGAUCCUCGUUUAUAGCGAUGGAGUGCCUGUUGAUCAUUGGGAUGAGCGGAUACAGCCUACGGUAUGGCUGGCUUUGACAUCUGCGUUGUCAGGAGCUUUUCUUGCUUGUGCUUUUACUGAGGGAGCGGCCAUUUCUUAUUGGAGAACAGCUGGCAAGCCGGUAACUCUGCAACAAUUACAAGCUGUCUACGGCUCCUCGACUGGCAUCAUACAAGCAGCCGUGAACUUAUUCACCUGGAAGUCGAAGACACUGGGUCUGGCAUCUAUUCUCAUGACACUAUCUGUCCUGCGUGGUCCUCUCAUGCAGCGCGCCUCAUCAACGACGAAUCACUACCAAGCUCAACGAGGAGCCGUGACUUUUCAUAUCGCGAGACAGCUUCCCGAGAACUAUGCGUGCAUUAUGACUGGUCGCACUCAUUCCGCUUCGCUACUCACCAAGAACUUCAGCGACGUCGCCCAAAGCUACAGUCGUCGAUCUGACAUGGCUGUUUUCGAUACUUCCUGCAACAACUGCACCACUGCAGUGGAAGGUUUCGGUUUCGAUGUCAAUUGCACCGACACGACAAAGGAUUUCAAUCUCACAAUUGGCACGGAUAGGGCAAGUAUGUUGAGAGCUAUGGAUGGAGUAUAUUUCUUCCAGGUGAACGUUACGGAGUAUAGUGACUGGGGCGUCAACGACCUGGCCAAUGGGUCAUUCCUACGAUACACGACGCUCUACAAGGACACGGACAAGUGCAAUGGAAAGAUCAAAGUCCAGACGUGUGAUCUUCACGGUGGAAUUACCAAGUUCCCCGUGCGAAUGGAUGGGAAGACAGUCGAGCUUCAGGGAACGUGGAAGGAUGACAAGUUUAUCGAAAGGAAAUACAUGUUGCCCGCUGAUUUGGUCAUGCCAGGCUCAGGAAAUAUCCUAGGAGGCUUUAGCAUGAUUGCAAAAUCGCUCUACGAGUCUCAAGCUUUCAUGCGGUUUACGGGCGCUACUGGCUAUGAUGUCAGCUCAACGGGUUUACCAGCAACCCAGUAUCUCACCAUGAACGGGACAACCCCGGGAUGCGGAGACCGGUGGGAAAACCCGAUGGACGACAUCAUCGAACUCACCCGCGACAUCGGCUUCCGAGCAAGUCUGCAGUACGCCAAGUACAACAUGACAGACAAGCAAAAAGUCGAGUACGACAGCGGCACGACGACGCUAGUAUACGUGACGAAUUACGACAAGAUGUGGAUCGCGAUUGCAGUCUCGCUGGUUGGUAUUUUCGCCGUCCUUCCAACUUUCUGGGGCUGGUGGGAGCUCGGCCGAGAUGUCAGUCUUAACCCGCUCGAGAUUGCGAAUGCGUUUGGAACUGUUGGGCAGGAAUCGCAUAUUAUGAGAAACGUUGACCCGAAUCAAAACGUUGGAGGAAUUGUGAACGCGGUUAAUGAUAUUGGGCCUGUCAGAUACGGUGCAUGGGAGAUGAGCGAUGGUGUUGUCAGACUUGGGUUUGCGGGGGCUGGCUUAGUGAGGAAUCCGUCCAAGGGAGAGAGAUUUAAUUAUUAG